GGGGAGCUGCCUUUGGCAGGCUCGGCGCCGUGUCCGGGGCAGCGCUGACUGACACAAGUUGGAGAGGGUGAUUGGCGUCUGUGAGACGCUGGCGGCUUUGUGGGGAAGCCCCGGGGGCUGGUCUGUGGCGGCGGGGAGGGAGCAGCUAAAUACUGUGCCAUCCAUCCACGCAGCUCACCACACCCGCCUGCCCGAGUGUGAGAGGGUGUUGUGUGUGAGCGAAGUACAACAGCACACACGCUCACUCUCCCUAUCACUCUCUCCUCUCCCACUCCCUCUCCCACUCCCCCCUGUGUGUGUGUGUGUGUGUGAACACUCUCUCUCUCCCUCUCUCUAUCUUUCUCUCCCACUCCCUCCCGUGUGUGAACUCUCUCUCCAACCCCUCUCUCUAUCCCACUCACUCCCGUGUGUGAGUGAACACUCUCUCUCUCUCUCCCUCCCCUCUCUCUCUCCCUCUCUCUCCUUCUCUCUCGCUCUCAUUCACUCUCACCCUCCCGUGUGUCUCAGUGUCUCUGACCUCUGGCCAGCGCCGGGCGGGGAGAGUCAGUGUCCGUGAGGCCGGCGCCCGGAGCGCAGAUCCAGGGCGAGAUGCGGCGUUUGCCGGCGCCGGCUUGGUCGCUGCUGCUGCUGCCGCUGCUGCUGUUGCUGCUGCUGCUGUGCCCGGGACGGGCCGAGGAGUACGAGUAUUACAGCUGGCAGUCGGACCACCUGCAGGCCGGCCGCUUCUACACUAAACAGCCGCAGUGUGUGGACAUCCCGCCCGACCUCAGGCUGUGUCACAACAUCGGCUACCGCAAGAUGCGGGUGCCCAACCUCCUGGAGCACGACUCCCUGCCCGAGAUCAAGCAGCAAGCCAGCAGCUGGGUGCCUCUCCUGGCCAAACAGUGCCACCCCGACACGCAGAUCUUCCUCUGCUCCCUCUUCGCCCCCAUCUGCCUGGACCGCCCCAUCUACCCGUGUCGUUCCCUCUGCCAGGCCGUGAGGGACGGCUGCUCGCCCGUCAUGGGCUCCUUCGGCUUCCCCUGGCCGGACAUGCUGAGAUGCGAUCGCUUUCCCCUCGACAACGACCUCUGUGUCUCGCUGCAGUCUCCCGGGAGCCCCGUCACUCAGCCUCCAGUCUCGAAGAUCUGUCCACCUUGUGACAACGAGAUGAAGGCGGACGUUAUUCUUGAGCACUACUGCGCUAGCGAGUUUGCGCUGAAGAUGAAGAUCAAGGAGAUAAAGAGGGAGAAGGGCGAUCGCAAAAUCAUCUCCCAGAGGAGGAAGAAGGUGCUGAAGAUGGGACCUUUAAAGAAGAAGGAUCUCAAGAAGUUGGUUCUAUUCAUUAAAAACGGAGCGAGCUGCCCGUGCACCCAGCUGAACAAUCCUAGCAGCAGCUUCCUCAUCAUGGGCCGUAAGUGGGACAACCAGUUUCUCCUCACCGUCAUCCACCGGUGGGACAAGAAGAACAAGGAUUUGCGGCAUGCCUUGAAGCAGAUGAAAACCUACCAGUGCCCCACAUUCCACCACAUCUUUCAAUGACUGCUCUUGGGCCAAGGGCUCCGUUUAGGAUAGACACACGCAAGCAAAGUCACAACAAUUGCUUUUAUGGCGUCUCUGUUAUAAAAAUAAUCACGCAUGGUUUCUGCCAGCCUUAUCCAAUGACCUUGUCCAUACAUAGCAAUUAUUCUAUAAUCUCUCUAGCGCUGAUAACCUGAUGGAAUGGAACGUGAAAUCCUGCUUUAAAUGGGCGUGAUGGAUGGAUGGAUACUUAUAAGGACAUUUAGGGAGCGAUUGAAAAACACUGCACGGAAACGGGCCCUUCGGCCCAUCGAGUCCACGCCGGUUCUAUGCCAUCCCACUUUCUCAUCCACUCCCUGCACACUAGGGAACGAUUUACAGAGGGCCAAUUAACCUACAAACCUACCGU